CUGAGCUGGAGCAAGAGACGGACAGACAGACCCCCCCCCACACACACACACACACACACGCGAUGGAGCAGCCGCCCGGGUUCCCAGCGUGAAUCCCCAGCCCAGGAGCUGUGGGAGAAGCCCCUCUUUCCAGACAGCAGCAUUGCCGGCUCCAGGAGGUUGCUCUGGUUUUGCGAGACAGUUUGUGCUUCUGGGCCUUCGGACCUGAUCCCCCAGCCGGCUCACGUGGUGUCAAAAACGGGACACUGAGGUAGGAAGCCAGAAGCUGGAUGCUUCCUGCCAGGGGCAUGAAUGAGACCGAAAGGCCUGGGGUCUGGGCUCAUCCCCUGCUGGGAUAAGGACACCCCCGGGGAACAUCCAUGGCUGCAGAGCAGGGGGCAGAUGGGGCCCUAGACCUGCAGUUUCAGAUCCAUGUGGAGCAGUCGGUGUGCCCCGCUGGGCUGACGGAGCAGCAGGCCUCAGCUGGGCCCGAGCCAGAUGUGGGAUUGGAGCGGUCGGGCAGGCUGCCUAUUGUGGUGCAGUCUGGCACCAUUGGGGAGCUGCUGAGAUGGGUGGCGCCGCAGCAGGCCCGGUAUGCGUCGCAGAAGGAGAUGCUGCAGCACUGGGAGGAUGUCUGGCAGGAGGUGCUGCAGGCCCUGCGCAUCCUCCCAGAGGUGAGGCCGGCUCCGGCGUGCGCCCUCAGGCCUGGAGAACCAGAAGUGCCGCCUCCUCCCGGAGUUGUGCCAGCACCGACUUGUGCACAUGGGUGUGAAAACCCCGCCUCCCAGGGGGCCAGAGAGUCACCCAGGGGUCUGGAGCAAGCUGGAAUCGAGCCACAGGAGAAGACGGCACCAUGUCGACAGGAGCAGCUGUCAGCCACGCAGACCCCUGCCAAGAUUAAGCCAACUCCAGCACCUGCAUGGAGAACCCUGGAGCUGCCACAGCUGGCCCCAGAGGACGAUAUCGAGGCCUAUUUGGCCACCUUUGAGCAGGUGGCUGAUGCCUGCCAGUGGCCGAGAGGGGAAUGGACAACCCGACUGGAGCUGUACCUCACUGGGAAAGCCCAGCUGGCCUAUGGCAGCCUAGACAUCACAGAGACAAGUGACUAUGGGAAGGUGAAGGCCACCAUCCUAGGUCGCUAUGGCAUCAGCCCAGAGACACAGCGCAGGCGCUUCAGGGGAUUCUGCUACCAAGAGGCCGAGGGGCCCCGGGAGGCUUACAGCCACCUCCGGGAGCUCUGCCAUCGCUGGCUGGAGCCGCAGAGCCGCACCAAGGAGCAGAUCCUGGAGCUGCUGAUCCUGGAGCAGUUCCUGACCAUCCUGCCAGAGGAAAUGCAGAGCUGGGUCUGGGAACGUGGUCCUGAAACCGGUGCCCAAGCAGUGGCCCUGGCUGAGGGGUUCCAGCUGGGGCAGCCAGAUGCCGAAUGGCCAAGGCUACAGGUGCCAGUGCAGUUUGAGGACGUGGCUGUGACUCUGAGUGAGGCAGAGUGGUUGUUGGUGGAUGAGGAGAAGCAGCAGCUCUACAGGGACAUCAUGUACGAGAAUUACCAGAGCAUCAGCUCACUGGGUUUUCCGGUUCGCAAACCCACCCUGAUCUCUCAGCUGGAGCGAGGGGAAGAGCCGUGCAUCCUACAUCCCCCAGCCCCUGAGGAGCAGGAGACCCGGAGGGAUGUCCCAACAGGCACCGGCAGGGGGCUGGGCGCUGAGGAGCUGGCUGUGCAGCACCACGGGGAGGCGCAGGCACCUGUCAAAGCAGCUCCAAUGCCAAAGGCCUCACCAAGGCGGCCCAAGAGGAAAGCGCCCCAGAGCCCUGGUCGGAAGAGAAAGAAACCCUCUCUGGAUGGAGAAGAGCCAGCAGCCUGCUCUGAGGGUGGGAAACAGCAGCUCCCCACCUGUCCCACGUACAUGCAACAGCUGCUUCCUUCUGUGCGCAUGCAAAAGCCUUUCCUUCCUGUAUGCAGGAAACAGCCACCGCCUGUUGUGCACAGGGAACAGCUGCCCUCCACUCCUGGCAGGGAACAGCCACCUUCUCCCCUCACCAGGGAACAGCCGCCCCCUCCCCUGAGCAGAGAACAGCCACCCCCUACCCAGCUGCCUCACUUGCCAUCCCUGUCUAAGUCCUGCUGCAAGAAGCCAGCAGAACAAGAUUCCCCUCCCAGCAGUAGCCUGCCCCAGUCUAAGAGGUGCUACCAGUGUCCCUUGUGUAGUCAGAACUUCAGGCAGAGCUCAGACCUGCAGCGGCACCGGCGCAUCCACACGGGAGAGAAGCCUUUCCACUGCCUGGUGUGCGAGAAGAGCUUCCGGCUGCAGUCCAACCUGAUCGUGCACCAGCGCACCCACACCGGGGAGCGGCCCUACCAGUGCGGGGAGUGUGGCCGUGCCUUCUCGCAGAGCUCCAACCUCCUGACCCACAGCAAGAUCCACCUGGGCCAGAAGCCCUACACCUGCUUUGAGUGUGGCAAGAGCUUCCACCACAGCUCCAACCUCAUCAUUCACCAGCGCACCCACACUGGGGAGCGGCCCUACGAGUGCAGCGUCUGCGCCAAGCGCUUCAGCGACCGCUCCACCCUGGUGCAGCACCAGCGCCUCCACACAGGCGAGCGCCCCUACGCCUGCUCCGAGUGUGGGAAGUGCUUCAGCCAGGCCUCACACCUGAUCAAACAUCGACGCACCCACGCAAGCCCCUGCACCAAGAAUAGAGCUGCCCCCAGAAAAGCACCAGUCACAGCGGUAGAGAGAAACAGCCCCAAAAAUGGGGCAGCCACUGGGGAGGAGAGAGCUACCCCCACUCAUGGGCUGAGUGAGAGGAUUGCCAUGCCCCAAAAUGGAGCAGCUAUAGGGGAGGAAAGAGCAGCCCUGAAAGAUACACCCACCGUGGGGAAGGAUAGAGCCACCCAGGAAGUAGGUUCAGAGGGGGAGAAGGACAAAGCAGCUCAGAAAGUUGCUUUGGCCACAAAGGAGAUAGCCACCCCCAAACACACGCUGGCUAUGGGGAUGGAAAGGGCAGCAACAAAGGACACGCUGGCCCCAGGGAAGGAAAGGGGGACCCCCACACCUGGGCUGGGUGAGUUGAGAGCUGCUCCCAUGAACAGGCUGGGCACAGGAGAGGACAGAGCCACUCCAAAAGCUGUGCCAGCCAUGGGGGGAAAGAGAGCACCGACUCCCGAUGCACCAGCUGUGCAUGAGGAGAGAGACUCCCUGAAAGAUGCACUGAGGGCAGGGAAGGACAAAACAGCAAUAAAUCACACAUCAGCUGUGGAGAAGGGGAGAACCGCCCCCAAACUCGUGCUGGCCAUGAGGCAGGGAAGAGCUGGCCCCAAACACACACUGGCCACGGAGAAGGAGGUAGCCGGCCCCAAACACACGCUGGCCACGGGGAAAGGGAGAGCCGGCCCUGAACAUGCACUUGCCACAGGGAAAGGGAUAGCCGGCCCUGAACAUGCACUGGUCAUGGGGCCGGGGAGAACUGGCCUCAAAUACGCACUUACCAUGGGGAAGUGGGGAGCCAGUCCUAAAAACACACUGGCCAUGGGGAAAGGGGAAGCCAGCCCCAAAUAUGCACUUGCCAAAGGGAAGUAAAGAGCUGGCCCCAAACACACACUGGCCAUGGGGAAGGGGAGAGCUGGCCCCAAAUACACACUUGCCAUGGGGAAAGAGGGAAAUGCCUCCAAAUAUGCCCUGGGGAGAGCCGGCCACGAACACGCACUGGCCAUGGGGAAGGGGCAAACUGGCCCCAAUCACAUACCAGGCACACGGGAGCGCAGACAGCAGGGGAACCCUCUCAUGUCACUGCAUGAUAGGGGCAGAGGUAGCUCACAGGGGGAACAGGCUGUGAGGAGCCCUGUCACUGCACGGUAGGGUCCGGGCUGGCUCCUUUGAACAUGUGUUCAGCUGAUUUUUCACUGACUGGGUGUGAAACCCCAUCAAUGUGCAGAUGGGCAGUAAUGCCAAUGCCAUAGGCUCACACUUAGGCAGCAGUGGAGAAGCUGGCCUGGCAUGGGAUGCACUAACAGCUCAGAGAGGAAGGGAAGCACAAAGGCACUUCUGGCACCGCAGAGAGUGGGCCCCCCAACCCCCGGGGGACUGGAGCUGGCAGAGCAAGUGGCUGGCACAUAAAAUGCAAACCCAGACCUCUCUCUCUCGGGGCAGGGGCAGGAGGAGGCUGAAAUCUUGGCAGGCAACAGGAAGGGAGAGUUGGAUGAACUUUAAACUCUCGAAUUGUGCCCUGAGCUGAGGGAGUGUAAAAGAAGCCCUAGAAAUCUCCCUCUUUGUGGAACUAAACUGAGAAGAAAGGUUCUGGUGUGACCAACUCUUGUGAUCUGUGGUCUGUCUCUUAAAGCCCCAGCUCUGCUUUUAUAUAUAAAUAGAAAAUCUGUGUCUAGCCCAAUGACUGGGGAGAAAAAUCAAGGAAACCCCGGCCCUAUUGGCUACAAUGCCAGAGGGCAAAUCAC